AUGGACCCCCUCAGCAUCGUUGCUUCCGUUAUCGGAAUUGUUGGCGCCACGACGAAGACCUAUGAAACCAUCGAUAAGAUCACUGGUCUGCCGAAAGCUUUCGACCAAGUCCAGAAAGACCUGCCUCUCGUGCGAAAGAUUCUCGAGCGUGCCCAGGAGAGGCUCAACAACUCGGAACCCACCGACGACCAACGCAAGGCCAUCUUGGCCAUCGCCAAACCCUGCGAUGACAAGGCCAAGGAAUUAAAGAGGAUCUUCGAUGAGCUCGAGACGAAAUGCAAAGAAGACCAAGGUGCAGAGAACUGGGCUAGGGUCCGCGUGUGGUACCGCGAGGCUCUGCGCGGCAUCAAGGCACACCGUGUUGAGAGCCUCAUGGAAGACAUCUUGAAGGGCGUGGAGAAGCUGGCAUGGAACGAGGUGUUCAAGCUGGCGAUGCAGGAGGAUCUGGAGGGCAUCAAAAAGGCCAUCGAAGAGCUGUCUAAGGUGGAACGGUCCUUGGAAGACUCCGAGAUCGACACCCAGGGGGCGAUUCACGCAAGUCAGACAGUCGCGGAAGGUGCUACCGCCCAGAUGUACAACACGCAAGGAGGCAGCCAUACAUUCAACUCUGGGAAAUACAUCACCACUAACAGCUAA